GAAGAUUCAUAUUGUGAUGGUAUUACAUAUAAUUGUACUGCACCUGGUAAAUGUUUUCAAGCUAUGGAAAAUUUAUCUAGUGGAGAAAAAACUGUUGCUGCUAUUUGUCUUUUUUUUAAAUCAGCUCCACUCUUUUUGCUUGAUGAAGUUGAUGUUGCUCUUGAUAAUACAAAUAUUUGUAAAGUAGCUGAUUUUAUUCGUGAACAAUCGGCAUCAAAAUUUCAAUGUAUUGUUAUAUCACUUAAAGAACAAUUUUAUUCACGUGCUGGUGCACUUAUUGCUAUUUUUCCAAAACCCGGCGAUUGUAUUACUAGUUAUUGUUUUACAUUAGAUUUAAAUCAAUUUGAUGAAAGAGAAAAUAUUGCAAAUAGACGUGGUUAA